AAACAACUCACAACAAAAUAAAUUAUAAUUAUGGUUUUUUUUAAUAAAACGAAUGGUCAAACGUGUGAAAAAAAAGUAUAUUGUAUCGAUGAUCAAUUUUGAAAAAAAGAAGAUUGUAACUAUAUAUUUAGAUCUACUUUUAGAAAAUGAAAGAACGAAUUAACCACGUAGUGUGGUCCAUUAAUCUGCACCAUCUAGGCAUCUAUUGGUCCUCUCCAGUCUCCAGGACUCAGCUAGGAAGGAAAGAACAGAGCCAGAUACCCAGCAAACAGGAGGCAACAAAACAAUUUGCUGGAGUACGAGUCAUUCGGCCACAAGCCCACAACAUGACGCUAGGGCCACUAAUUCACCCCGUGACCGUCCUAGAGCAAUGCCAUGUCUCGCCAUCUCCGGCGCCGGCGGCCGGCCAGCCACGGUCGCUGCCGCUCACGUUCUUCGACCUCGUCUUCUUGGACUUCCCGCCCGUGCAGCGCCUCUUCUUCUACGACAACGCCGACCUCCGCGACGCCCAUGACUUCCUCCUCCGCGAGCUUCCCCUCUUCAGGGAGUCCCUGGCCGCUGCCCUGCACCAUUUCUACCCCUUGGUCGGGAAGCUGCCGUGCGGGAUACGGGAGCGCAUGUCGCCGCCGGAGGUCGCGUACUCGGAUGGCUACUCCGUCUGCCUGACCGUCGCCGUCAGCAGCGACGACUUCCAGGACCUCGCCGGCGACCACCCGCGCGACACCGCGAGGCUACGCCCGCUGCUGCCUCCGCUGCCCAAGCAUGGUAGCUCGCAGGACGUGCUCGCCGUCCAGGUCACCGUGUUCCCUCGCGCCGGCAUCUGCGUCGGCACGACGCUGCACCACGCCGUGGCCGACGGUUCCAGCUACGUGCACUUCCUCAAGACGUGGGCCGCCAUUCACCGCCUCGGCGACGAGCGCAGGAAAGCGGUGGUGGUGGACCACACGCCGCCGCUGUUCGACCGUGGCGUCGUGCAGGACGGCGACGGACUCCGGGAGGCGUUUAUCCGCGACCACCGGGAUCUCGUGGAGUCCGGUGACAAGCGGCUCGACGACUGGGACCUCAGCCGGAGGCCGGACACCGUGCUCGCGACGUUCAGGUUCACGGACGAGCUGCUCCGCAAGCUGGGGAGGCAUGUCGAGGCGGAGACCUCGGCGCGGUGCUCGCCCUACGCGCUGGCGUGCGGCGCCGCGUGGGCCGGCAUCGUGCGCGCGCGAGGCGUGGGCGGCGGCGACGUCGCGCGGUUCGGGUUCGUGACCGGGUGCAAGCCCCGCGUGAGCCCGCCGAUACCGUCGAGCUACUUCGGCAACUGCCUGGGGCUGUGCUUCGUGGAGGCCAAGCGGAGACACCUCACCGCGGCCAGCGCAUCGGCGGCCAUCUGGCGCGUGAUCGCGGGGCUCGCCGAGCAGGGGCGGGCGCUCCGUGACGCCCACGGCUGGGUGCGCGGCGCGCGGGAGUACGCGGCGGCGCGCGCGGUGACGGUGGCGGGUUCACCGAAGCUGGGCGUGUACGCGGCGGCGGAUCUCGGCGCGACGUGGGGGGGUCGGCCCCGGAAGGUGGAGAUAGCGUCGGUGGAGCGGACGGGCGCGCUGGCGCUGGCGGAGAGCGGCCGCCGUGGCGACCGGGACGGCGGCGGCAUCGAGGUCGGGGUGGCGCUGCCGCGCGCGGAGAUGGAGGCGUUCCGCGCGUUCCACGUCGAGCUGGUCCGGCUGCUAGACGCCACUACCCACUAGUGCUGAGUGGUGACGCGGCCUCCCCCUUGCCGCCAGUGUAAAAAAAUCGUGCCAUUAUUCCCUCUGCUUCGGUGUUUCUGGAACUGGGACCAGUCCUUUGCCUUCUGCUGUUUCUGUUUGCCAGUUGCCAUGUGUCCGUAGUAGACUAGUAGUACGGUUCGUCUACUCCCUCCGUUAUUAAAAAAACAAAUCAUGAGUUUUCGUAUCCAA